AAGACUGAGAGCUACGGCCACUGCACGGAUACCCGGAGCCGGGACUUGGAAACUUGAUUAUUGUGAUUCUUCUUCUUGAGGGCUGUGAAAUUUGGUUUAUUCUUUUUUUCCGGAGAGAAAGUUUUUGGAAGGAUUCUUCUAGAUACUUCUUUAUUUUACUUUGGAGGAACCGACUUUUUCGUCCUCUUUAUUACUCCCCUCCCCCCGUGGGACCCGCCGGACGCGUGAAGACCGCACCUGAAGCAGAUUCUGUACAACGGGACAGUGCUUUCUGUUCCAGGGGGAGCGAUCCCCCCUCGCCCCCGAGUCCUACGGAGCCUGGACUUUCAGGAGGCACAGCGGCAUCCUGUGGGGGCCUGAGCACCGCAGAAGGACUACAGAGAAACUUUGCCAUUGUUGGAGCGGGACGCUGUCCCCUCCCCGAGCUUCCCCGGACAACGUACUUUGAGGACUCACUCGUCUCACUCCGGACUCGCACCUUACUUCCCCCACCCAGCCAUAGCCUUGGCUUCCCGGCGACCUCAGCGUGGUCACAGGGCCCCCCCUGUGCCCAGGGAAAUGUUUCAGGCUUUCCCCGGAGACUACGACUCCGGCUCCCGGUGCAGCUCCUCACCUUCUGCCGAGUCUCAGUAUCUAUCUUCGGUGGACUCCUUCGGCAGUCCACCCACCGCCGCCGCCUCCCAGGAGUGCGCCGGUCUCGGGGAAAUGCCCGGUUCCUUCGUGCCCACGGUCACCGCGAUCACAACCAGCCAGGACCUCCAGUGGCUUGUGCAACCCACCCUCAUCUCUUCCAUGGCCCAGUCCCAGGGGCAGCCACUGGCCUCCCAGCCCCCAGUUGUCGACCCUUACGACAUGCCAGGAACCAGCUACUCCACACCAGGCAUGAGUGGCUACAGCAGUGGCGGAGCUAGUGGCAGUGGCGGGCCUUCCACCAGUGGAACCACCAGUGGACCUGGGCCUGCCCGCCCGGCCCGAGCCCGGCCUAGAAGACCCCGAGAGGAGACGCUUACCCCGGAGGAAGAGGAGAAGCGAAGGGUUCGCCGGGAACGGAACAAGCUGGCGGCAGCUAAGUGUAGGAACCGUCGGAGGGAGCUGACCGAUCGACUCCAGGCGGAGACAGACCAGCUGGAGGAAGAAAAGGCAGAGCUGGAGUCGGAGAUCGCCGAGCUCCAAAAGGAGAAGGAGCGUCUGGAGUUUGUGCUGGUGGCCCACAAACCGGGCUGCAAGAUCCCCUACGAAGAGGGGCCCGGGCCCGGCCCGCUGGCGGAGGUGAGAGAAUUGCCGGGGCCAGCAUCCGCUAAGGAAGACGGUUUCAGCUGGCUGCUGCCGCCCCCGCCACCACCGCCCCUGCCCUUCCAGACCAGCCAAGACGCAGCCCCCAACCUGACAGCUUCUCUCUUUACACACAGUGAAGUUCAAGUCCUCGGCGACCCCUUCCCCGUUGUUAACCCUUCGUACACUUCCUCGUUUGUCCUCACCUGCCCGGAGGUCUCCGCGUUCGCCAGCGCCCAGCGCACCAGCGGCAGUGACCAGCCUUCCGACCCCCUGAACUCGCCCUCCCUUCUUGCUCUGUGAACUCUUUAGAAACACAAAACAAACAAACACACAAGGGAGAGAGAUUUGGAAGAGGAGGAGGAGGAGAGAGAGGGGAACAGACAAAGUGGGCGUGUGGCCUCCCUGGCUCUUCUGUGUGACUCUGCCGCCCGCCGCCGCCGCCGCGCCACUGCCAUCGGACAGGAGGACUCCUUGCGUUUCGUGCUGCCUCUUGUUUCUGUGCCCCGGCAAGGCCGGAGAGCCGGUGACUUUGGGGACAAAGGGGUGGGAAGGGGAUGGGCACGCCCAGUUAGCUGCCUGUUGACCCUCCCACCUCAACCCAGCCUCUGGGGAAGGGGGGGUGGGGGGUGACGCCCCCUUUGGGGCCGUCCCGGGUGAGGCCGGAGGGCAAGGGUGCGGGGUGGGCAGCGGGGUGGGCUGGAGUCCUCUCCAGAGAGGUCCAACAAGGAAAUGCCACCUCCCCAGUGUCUCCCACGCCAGCCCCGACCCCUCGGCGGGUGACUAGGCUGGCUCGCCCUGCCCUCCCGACCUCAGCGUCUUUAUCCCGCACUUCCAUGGGGUCAGAUCGUCCUCUGCACAGAGUUGAGCCCCACCCCUUAGAGGGAAGUCGACGCCCCCCAUGAUCAUCCCCUCCCCCCAACCCAGACUUACUCUGAAAUGUGAACUUCCUUCCCUGACCGUCCAGCCACUCCCUCCCGGAGAACCGGCUCUGAUUUGAAUUUCGCCUCCUAAGGAUCCCCAAGCCAGCCGCCCCUGCUCUCUGGUCGCGGUGUUAUCCUCCCCCCGCCGCCGUCCCCUCCGCCCCUCCUGGCCUUCCUUGUUGGGCCUUUCUGACUUCAGGCGGCAGGGGGCGCCGCGGUGCCCGUCCUGCUGGGGUGUUUAUACUGUGAAACGAGUUGGCCGGAUUGUGGGGGUGCCGGGUGGGACAGCGCCCUUCCGGGGGGAUUGUGACCCCAACUCCCAAAGCCUUUCCUUCGUCGCCAGUCCCUGCCCAUCUGCCUCCUCCCUGCCCUCAAUGGUGAGUUAGACUCAAGGGGGUGACAGAAUCGAGAGGAGGGUGACAGUUCUCCAUCCCCGUGGCCUCUCUCUCUCUCCUCAGGACCCUCAGCCCCAAGCCCUGGCCUUUUCCUUUAAGGCCUGUCACUUGUCCCCAGCCUAGGACGCCAGCUUCUCCCUCCCCUCGGCCACCUGCAGCCUCUUUAGAAAGGGAACGAGGGGGGCGCGACAUUUUUCCGGAGAAGAUUUCAGGGCUGAGGCUUUGCCCCCCAACCCCGAAUAUUUUUGGACUGGCAAACUCGACGGGGCUGGGCUCCCGACCCCAGCCUCCCACCCCGACUCCCCCGGCCCGAGUCCUGGUCUCGGCUGUCCCUCCCUGCCUUCCCUGUGCUUCACCUCGUGACAAUUUUAUCACGAGGCAAAUUUAUAUUUUUUAAUAUAGAGGGUGGGCAAUGCCCCCUCCGUGCUGCAUGGAAAACAGUCCGCGUGCCCAGGCCCAGACCCCUCCCCUAGCUAUUUAUCCCUUUCCUGGUUUCCGAAAGGCACUUAUAUCUAUUAUGUAUAAAUAAAUAUAUUAUAUAUGGGGGUGUGUGCGCGCGUGAGUGUGUGAGCGCUUCUGCAACCUCGGCCUAGGCCUAGGUCACGUUGGCCCUCAAAGCGAGCCGUUGAAUUGGAAACACUGCUUCUGGAAACUUCGAACCAGCCUGUCUCUGGCUGUCUGUCUCCAGCUGUCCCUUUUCUGAUUGUCUUGGGCAUCUCCUGAGCCUGUCUCUCUUCUGUCUUCUCUCUGCCUGUUUUCAUCUGGGACCAUUUCUACCUGUCUCCUAUCUGACUGUCCCUGAGCCCCUAGCUGUCUUCUGACACCGGGUUCGUUGGGGACAUGAGAUUUUAUUUUUGUGAGUAAGCCUGAGGGAUCAUAGAUUUUUACAAUCUGUAUCUUUGAGAAUUCUGGGUGCCAGUGUGAGACUACGAGCAGGGCCUGUCCCUGCCGACCACAGCGAUUGAAUCCCCAACCCCCUCCCCUGCUGUAUUUGUGGUUCUCUUUUUGUAUUUUGCACCUGACCCCGGGGGGGCUGGAGCAGACUGGCGCUGGGCCUCUCUCCUCCCCUCUUGGUUCUGCACUGUCGCCAAUAAAAAAGCUUUUAAAAACGCA